AUGCAGAGCAAGACUAAACACCUUCGGAAAUACGAUGAAAAUAUUGAACGCCACUCACAAUCACCCUGCUUCGAUGAAAGAGUACCCGUCAGCUAUGGAACUGGCUGUAACCAUUACGAGAAGGAUGUAACCAUACAGGAUGAAGACAGAACAGUUAUGCCAAGAGAAGAUAUGCAUCAGACAUGGACCCAUUACGAGAAGAAUACCACCAUAAAGGAGAAUCAUGAUAACCUCAGGCUCCAAGCAUCCAAUCUUGGUAUUUCAAGGUCAAGAAUAUUUGUUGGAAAGGCGGUGCCCCAACAAAACAGUUUGGUCGUGCAGGAUGAAACUGACGCAGAAGUGCAAGGCUAGAUUAAACACAUCCGGAAAGACUAUGAUUAUCUUGAAUUCGGAACAUAACCAUCCUAUCUUGCAUAGACGGUACAAAAAAACUACAGAGCUGAUAGUGAAUAUCACUAGAAGGAUGAGAUAAGGAUUCUGUACACGUACAGAGGGUUGAAACAUCCGAUCAUAGUGAUAGACCGCUUCGAGUACAAGAAAGAACGUCAAAUGGGGUCUCGCGGCAUGUGGUGUUGCAGACACAAGGACAAAUACAAAUGUAAAGCACGCGCGAUCACGUAUAAUCACAUAGUUGAGAUGAGAAAGUUGAAUCACAACCACGGGCCUAGCUUUACAGGCGAUUUGUCCAUGUGUCACAAGCAGACCGUCACGUUCUCACAUUCCCUAGCGAGAGCCAAGAAGACUGAUUUGGCGAUGUAUCACCAUGCGCAGUAGAUCAUAGAACCUUGUUACACGUCUUGGUUGAAAAAUAUGGUACUAGUUCGUUAUAGUGAACUAGCUCGCCGAAAUGAACUAAAAAGCACAUUGCUACCCUACUAUCAGAAGAUAAAACUAGCCAAAUCUUACGUAUUUUAAUGUUAAAUGUCAAACUUGCCGAGAUGGAUGUUUACCAUCACAUACGAAUGAUAUUAACAUACCAUAUGAGUUGGAGAUGUAACCAAAACUUUGCUAGUUUAGAAGAAAAAGAGCGAGCGCACUUGGUUCUGUCAAGGAUCCGCGUGUUUCGCUGUACAUUGACCGAGGCGAUGUUGCCAAAGUGGCAUAAAAUGUUCAUAAAACCCUACAUUUAUACUAAGCUGAUUGGAGUUGAGAUCUUUUCACGUUUUUUGGUGGUUAUAUUAAAAAAGUAAAAAUAUAGACUGUCUAGAAUCUAGAUAAAUGGCAACAAUUGGUGAAAUAUGCAAUUUGCGGUUAGGAAAAGUUUGUAUUUUAACCCGACAUGCCUCUUUUCGCUCUGAAGUUUAAAUAGCUAAUUUACAGGUUUUGAUAAUGACUUCUGUUUACUUGACAGUCCUAACAAAAAAUGCUUCCACUACGAUAGACAAAUUAUUAUCUAUAUGGCAACACCGCAUUUAUCUCUGACCAAAUAAGAACGGCUCGCCAUCAGCUGUUUUGUGGACGCCAUGUUUUUGGUUGCAUCUCUAAGUUGCCUUGUCUGUCUUCUCUUGGUUCAUCAGUAUUUGUUCAGUAUUGUCAAAAAGCUAGUAGUGGUUGAGUAAAAUGUGUAUAUUUCCAAGCCAAAAUAUUGCUAAAAGUUCCUUAUACCAAAUACAUGUUCUAGUCAAAAUCUACUUCUAAUAAGUUAAAAAAAAACACUAUAGACUUGCCUGGUCCUGGUCUUGCAAUAUAACCGAAGUCUUAGUCUUGGUCUUGGUUUUGCAAAAUUAUCAAGUUCUGGUCUUGCUUAAUAGUAGUGACAGAAUGUGCAGAGUUGCAUUUUUUAACAUUAUAAUUACUUCUGACUUAAAUCUAACAAGACCGAUACCAAAGCUGGACUUGCGUGUGGCGAAGCCCUAGGUAGACCUCAUCUACUACACAGCUAAAAGCGGUGUUUGCUGUUCACUGUCCGCAGUGCUCAAUUCUAGCGGUAGAUGGCGCUUCGCACUGUCUUAUUUCGUGAUGCGGUUUCAUUUAGCGGCCAAACAUGGAGGAUUAUCAGCAUAAAAACCACAUGAGAAGUUAAGUUGAGUCGUUCAUUUUAACUGCUUGUAGGACUCGUCGAAAGGGGUUGAUAUACUAAAAAUUACCUAUAUAAAAGUUGAAUAAUGAAAGAAAUGGUAAAAGACAAGCUGUUAAAAUAAAUUACUCAACUUUAUAAAUUAUAUUGUUUUGUGGUUUUAUGGUAUACAUAUCUGAUAAUGUAAUAUGUUAGAAUAUAGUCGUAUUUUGUUCUAAAAAAUACAUUGUAAAUAUUUUAAAUUUGAGCUGUCAUUCUCAGAAGUUUGAGUGACUGUAAUAUGCAGGGUGUCCGCAAAGUUGGGGUUUUCCUUUUCAGAAACAACUAUCCUUGAAAUAACAAAGGUAAUGUGUAGUGAAACGAGGGCGACCAAGUAAAAAAAAAUAAAGGAAAAAGUACUCACUCUCCAG